CGCUGCUCACUCCUGAUUUUCCCCUAGGAGGGAGUUUUCUGAUUUUCUCCUUGCUCGGCGGCACUGGGUGAGGAUGGAGGCUGGGGUGCUCGGGGUGCUGCUGACCGUCCUCCUCCUCCUCCUCUCCAUCCUUUGCCUCCUGGUGCGGAGCAGCCACAGGAGGAGCAGCCAACUGCCUCCGGGACCAGCCCCGUGGCCCAUCGUGGGUAACCUUUGGCAAAAAGACAUCCUGCCACUUCACCAGAGCUACGAGAAGCUCAGCCACAGGUAUGGCCCCGUCUUCACCAUCUGGCUGGGGCGCACGCCGGCGGUGGUGCUGUGCGGGUACAGGGUCGUGAAGGACGCUCUGCUGGGCCACGCCGAGGAGUUCGGGGGCAGACCUGAAAUCCCCCUCAUGGCACAUCUGUCGAACGACUACGGUAUCAUCACCAAGAACGAGAAGAAGUGGCGGGAGCUGCGGAGGUUCACGCUCAGCACGCUGCGGGACUUCGGGAUGGGGAAGAGCUCCAUGUCGCAGCGGGUGCAGCAGGAGGCCCAGCACCUCGUGGAGCUGCUGGCGAGCCUCCAAGGAGAAGCCUUUGAGCCCAUAAUGGUGUUCAGGCACGCAGUGGCCAACGUGAUCUGCUCCGUCGUCUUCGGGAGCCACUUCAGCUACAGCGACACGAACUUUCUGAAGCUGCUGGACAUGAUCGGGAAUUUUGUCAGCUUCUUCACCUCCCCCUUUGCCAUAGUCUACAACAUCUUCCCCAGCGUCCUGUUCCGCCUGCCGGGGCCGCACAGGAAAGUCCUGGCCAAGUGCGAGAACCUCAAGGGCUACAUCCGAGAGCAGGUCGAGCAGCACAGGCAGACGCUGGACCCCAGCUCCCCCCGGGACUACAUCGACUGCUUCCUUAUGAAAGCGGAGAAGGAGAGGAGCAGUGUGGAGAAAAUGUACAGCGACGAGGACCUGGUCAUGUCAGUAUUCGACCUCUUUGGUGCCGGGACGGUGACCACCAGCAACACCCUGGUCUUCUUCAUCUUGGCGCUGGCAAAGUUCCCCCAUAUUCAAGCCAAGGUCCAGGAGGAGAUCGACGCGGUGGUGGGCCCCGUCCGCACGCCCUGCAUGGAGGACAGGCUGAGGAUGCCCUACACCAACGCGGUGAUCCACGAGCUGCAGCGCAUCCCGCGGGCCGGCAUCGAGAGCUUCCCUCGCAUGACGACACAGGACGUGGAGUUCAGGGGCCACACCAUCCCCAAGGACACGACCAUUAUUCCGCUGUUGUCUUCAGUGCACAUGGACCCAACCCAGUGGGAGAACCCCAAAGAAGUUGACCCGGGCCACUUCUUGGAUGAGAAGGGCAACUUCAGGAAGCACGAGGCCUUCAUGGCUUUUUCAGCAGGGAAGCGGAUGUGCCCAGGAGAGGCGCUGGCCCGGAUGGAGCUCUUCCUCUUCCUCACGACGCUGCUGCAGAGCUUCAGCUUCCAGCUCACCACAGAGUCCAAGGAGAUGGAUUUACUCACCAUGUGGCGGAAGAUAGAGAGGAAGGCGAUACUGGGCACGUUCGUUGCCGUACGGCGUACAUGUCCUUGAGGAGAUGGUCCCAGCAGGGAGGAGGACGGGGCCAUUGCUUCUCCCCAAAGCAGAGCAAGCAAUGCAGACCCGAGCACCACGGCAGCAGCCACAAGCAGGAGGUGGCCUCGAGCUCCUGCUCCUCUAGGAACCACGUCCCAGCCCUGCCACCAGGCCCUGGGCAUCCUGGCUCCCUGCCCUACCCAUUCCUGUCCCGGUGCCACUAGGACUGCUUUUCCUCCCCUCUGCUUGAACCUCAUCUUGUGCCUUGAGCUUCUGGAACUCAGUGGGGCAGCACCUGAUUUUGGGGAGGGAUUGGAAGCUUCUGUAAUAAAAACAGUUAUUGUGACUGGUGUUUGUGAGGACACUCG